GGUUGUGAGCUCUGAUUGGCUGGUUUUGAAACGCUCGUCUCUGAUUUGAGGCGGAGGGAAGUUCAAACUAACUAACCGGAGGAACGGUAACAAAACAACAACCUCAAGAACAAGAGCAAGAAGAAGAGCAAGAAGCUACCAUGAUCAGACAAGUGAAGGGUAAAACCCCCCGCAGGCCGCCUAAAAAGCCCUCCAAUACCCAGAAAGACCCGGUUGGGGUGUACUGCCGUGUGCGACCUCUGGGUGUGGAGGACGAGGAGUGCUGCAUCGAGGUGAUCAGCAGCACCACCAUCCAGCUGCACGCCCCUGAAGGCUUCAAAACAAACCGCAAUGGAGAGUACAAAGAGACACAGUAUUCCUUCAAAAAAGUCUUUGGAGUGUCAAUAUCUCAGAUGGAGCUGUUUGAGCAUGUGGCCAAACCUCUUGUCGAAGACCUCAUCCAUGGAAGAAAUGGUCUGCUCUUCACGUACGGGGUCACAGGAAGUGGAAAGACGUUCACCAUGACUGGCUCUCCAGGCCAGGGUGGACUUCUACCUCGCUCACUUGAUAUGAUCUUCAACAGUAUAGGACCCUACCAGGCCAAAAGAUAUGUUUUCAAGACUGAUGACAAAAAUGGCAUGGAGGUCCAGAAUGAAGUCGAUGCUUUGUUGGAGCGCCAAAGGCGUGAAAACAACUUGUCUGUUCCCAAAACACCCUCCUCCUCCAGACAAAAGCUUGAUCCUGAAAUUGCCGACAUGAUUAAGUCAGAGGAGGCUUAUAAAUCUGAUGGUGUGGAUGAGGACAGCAGCUAUACCGUCUUCGUCUCCUACAUAGAAAUCUACAACAACUACAUCUAUGACCUCCUGGAGGAGAAUCAGGAGGACGCAAUCAAACCAAAGUGGAAUGGUGGAGGCACACCUGUGCGCCAGAACACUGAGUUCAUACCGCCUCAAUCCAGAACCCUCAGAGAGGAUCAGAACCACAACAUGUACGUGUCUGGUUGUAUGGAGGUUGAAGUCAAGUCUGCUGAGGAGGCAUUUCAAGUAUUCUGGAAAGGCCAGAAGAAGAGAAAGACGGCGAACACCUGCCUGAACAGAGAGUCCAGUCGCUCCCACAGUGUGCUCAUUGUUAAACUGGCUCAGGCUCCUCUUGAUGCAGAUGGUGACAACAUCCUCCAGGAUAAAAACCAGGUGACUGUUAGUCAGCUGUGCCUGGUGGACUUGGCAGGAAGUGAGCGCACCGGUAGGACGGGGGCAGAAGGCACCCGUAUACGUGAAGCAGGUAACAUUAAUCAGUCUCUGCUGAAUCUGCGGACGUGCAUCGAGAUACUUCGAGAGAACCAGAUGUGUGGCACAAACAGGAUGGUUCCCUACAGAGACUCUAAAGUAACCCAUCUGUUCAAGAACUACUUUGACGGAGAGGGAAAAGUCAAAAUGGUUGUCUGUGUCAAUCCCAAAGUUGACGACUACGAGGAAACCUUGCUGGUGAUGCGGUUUGCAGAGAUGACCCAAGAGGUGGAGGUGGCUCGGCCAGUGGACAGGCCCAUCUGUGGCUUCACCCCAGGUCGUCGCCAUAGAAACCAGGCCUUUAAGGAGGAACUGUCUCGCAAGCUGGACGAGCGUGGCGGUCCAAUAGACAUGCCCUCUGUUAUAAACCACCUGGUGCACAGCCUCCCACCUUUACCCUCCUCUGAGCUGACCGACCCCCACGAUGACAUCACCCUGCCCAGGCUGAUCGAAGCUCUGCAGAACAGAUACAGGAUCAGGCAGAUGAUGAUUGACGAAUACAACAACGCUGCCAACAGGAUGAAGUCCAUGCUUCAGGAACUGGACAACAACCUAAUUUCCAAAGACAAUUUCAUUCAUGAACAAAAUGGCAAACUGGUGGAUAAGGAUAACAUCAUCCAGAGCAACAGGGCAGAGAUCGAACGCUUGGAGAAGAAAACCAGGAUGCAAGAACACAAGAUUGACAUCCUGCAGAAAACGACUAAGAUCUACGAGGACGACAAGCGUUCUCUUAAGCACGAACUGGAAACCAGAGAGCAGAGGCUGCAGAGGGAGCAGUGUGACAAGAAACGCAUGGAGCAGCGCAUGCACGGCGUGGUCACGGACACCCAGCACAAGUGGUCGAAAGAAUGUGACCGACGCGUUAAUGCGAUGCAGCUGGAGAUGCAAAACAAGCUCUGGGUGAAAGACGAGAAGCUGAAGCAGCUCAAGGCCAUCGUGACGGAGAGCAAGACUCCAGGUCGUCCUGAUCAUUCAGGUCGUCCUGAUCAUUCAGGUCGUCCUGAUCCUCCACCUCGUCAGACGCAGCCUCGUCAGACGCAGCCUCAGCCUCAGCCUCAGCGGCCUUCCAGAGAAGAACGCCUCCCUACAAAGAGAUCGGCCUCGCCCUCACCUGUCCCUUCUGUCCACUUUGCUCCCCAGUACCCAGUUGAUUCUCCCCGUGUCAGCCCAGUUGAUUCUUCCCAUGUCAGCCCAGUUGAUCCUCCCCAUGUCAGCCCAGUGCCAGAGCCAGUCAGUGCCACUAGAGUUGAAGAGGUUGAGGAGGUUGAGGAAGAUGAGGAAGAUGAGGAAGAUGAGGAGGUUGAGAUGAACCCAAGACCCUGCUGCCCCGUCCCCAGCAGCAGUAGCUCUACGUCUGUGUCUAACUGUGUCUCUUCAUGGGAGCAGCAGGCGUCCAAGGACAGCAGGCAGGGUUACUAUUCCCCUCGUACGCCCACGAGGACCCAGUCCCCAGCCAGCUCCUCAGCCAGCCAGACCAGGAGGAGAGCUCUGUGUCAGGCAAGAGAGGAAGAAGAGGCCAUCUCCCCUAUAUAUGAUCUAGACAUAAUUGAGAGGUGCUACAGGACGACGACGCCGGUGCGGCCGCUGCACCGUCGCUCCCGCUCUGCUGGCGGGGAGAAGUGGGUGGACCACAAACCCUCCUCCAGCCUGGACUUGGGUACAGUUUUGCAGCCGGUCAUUCCCAAUGCCAUCCAGGUGUCUACCCCGAGUGAGAAGGCCCUGUCCAAGUGCGACAGAUACGUGUUAACGCACCAGGAGGUCGCCUCUGAUGGGGAGAUUCAGACAAAACUUAUUAAGGGUGAUGUGAUUCAGACCAGAGGAGGGGGACAGGCGGUCCAGUUCACGGAUAUUGAGACACUGAAACAGGAGCUCACCACAGUCCCAAGGCGCAAAAGAAGAUCUGCAGAAGGCACCCCUGCCAACGGAGAUGGAGCUUGGACUGAUGUGGCGUCGAGGUGUUCUGUGGCUGUGGAGAUGAGGGCCGGAUCAAACAUGGGCCCUGGCUUUGAGCAUCAUGGGAUCACCAAGCGCAGAAAACCCUAAAAGCGCCCAACGGCUGCUCCAGCGAUCACUCCCCUCUGCCCUCACCUGGCUGUUGUGCAAUAGUCUCUGAACCUUUUUAUAUUUAGCUCUAGUGAUAAUAUUUAAACAUUUUCCACACUUUUAUAUAUGCAAAAGUGUAUAUACAUGGGUCACCAAAGCUGUUUUGUAAAAAUAUUUUAUAUGUUGUAUUUGAACCAAUAGAAAACGAGUGUGAUGUGAUUCAGUAAAGGAUGGUGGCGAAUAUUUAGUUACUGUGGCGCUGCUCUUGUUUGCACAUUUGUGUGUAACACACCGGUAGUCACAUUUGAUACUUGGCACAUGAGGAGGAGUCAUUGUGAAGCUGUCACAGUAUUGAUUUUUGUCCACUACAUAUGUUUUCUGUCUCUUGAUUGUUGAUUUAUAUUGAGCAAAGUAGAGUUUGAAUAAUCCAGUUCUUCUUGAUAUUUCUUUCUUUAUAUAAUUUGCUUCUGUCACUGAUGAAACUCUCCUGCCUUCACUGCACUCAGGAAUAAAAUUCCUUUGAAACAC